CUCUGUCCAACUUCCCAUUUGUGAAUUGUAACAUGUUGGGUUCAAUUGGGAUCAAAAUUGGAAUCUACUGAAAACCAGCCCUUUUUUAUAUUGAGGACUUUAUAUGCUUAUACGAUUUCAUUCAAUAUUCCCGUCCGACUCCAAAUCCCCGAGAAAAAACAAAGUAUCCCCAGGCGGCCCUCUCGGCUUGUCCCCUUCCAAACGGGUCGAACUAUACUCUGUAUAUAUAAAUAAUAUAUUAUACCGGUAAUAACCCAAUGUCUACCUUAGGUAUCUAUCUACAAACAAUAAUACAAUACACAAACCGACAACAAGCAAGCAAAGCGAAGGGGGAGAAAAGAAAAAUAACAUCCAAACCCUUCCUUCCGCCGCCCCCGCAACGAGAAAUAUAAAUCCUAGCCAAAAUAAAAAAAAAGAAAAGGACGGAUAAUAAAUAUAUAAUAACAGUAAUACAAGGAAACGACACGAAGGAAAAGUAAAAUAUAUGCAUUGAGGAAGGGUAAAUUCUCAAAUGUCGACACCUCCUAAUCAUUCACACCACUCAAGUGGGCGUGGUGCGAUGUCGACGACAACAAGAACGAUGAUACCAGCAACAACAGCAACAGCAACAGCAACAGAAUCAUCAUCGUCAUCAGCCACGGACUCCCCAAACAUGAACGUUAACAACUCGUUUACCGACUCCGCGAUCGACCUGGACUGCUCUUCUUCUGAAAAUAUUACCCAGACGCUAGAUACGACGACGAUGACGGCAAAAAUGUCAAAGGCAAUGUCAAUGAACGCGACGACAUUCCCACCUCAAAAAUCAACGAUAACAGUAACAACACUGACAGAACGCCUCAUGCGCCUUGCCCGUUUGAUGGCCGAUUCCGAUAAUAUAAACAGCAACAAUGGCAGUGACAAUGUCAACGACAGCAAUGACAAGAAGAGCAAUAACCAAACACAUCCAUAUACGCCAUCAUCGCGAUCAAUGUCGCCGCAGAAAUUAAUCGCUAUCAACCGAUAUCUAGACGGUAUCGAGGGUCUACUGCUGGAUUCCCAUCAUGAUGAUGAUGAUGAUGAUGAUGAUGAUGAUGAUGACGAGGCUGGGGUUGCCAGACGGAACGAAGAGGAAAGAGACGAAGAGAGCGAAGCAGGGGUAACGAUAACCAAGUCGCCCGCCUUUACUAUCUCAGCCUGUGGCGGAGAUGAGCAUGAAAAAUCCAACAACACAGCAUUAGCUGUAUCGGUAUCAUCAUCCCAUAAUCCUCAACCACAGUCAGUUUCCGGAUCAGAACCAGAACCACCCAAAAUCGAAUCCCGAAACGCCGCGGCCAGUAGUAGCCAAGCGCCAGUCGACCACCACGAGCUAUAUACCAUAAAGCGAGAUCUGCAACACGUCACCAGAUGUCUCGAGCAGCGACGGGUUGAAUGUCUACAUCUGAACGCUGUGUUUACUGUGAAGUGUGAAAAGCUCGCACAGCAGAUUCUGGAGAUGGGGGAUGAGAUUGAUGAGCUGCGCGCAGAGAAGAUCGAGAACGCAAUCGAACUGGAAGGUUUAAAGGGUACCAUGCGUGGACUGGAGGGUUGGAUACGGCGCUGGAAAAAGCAACUACAUCGGCGAGAUGCAGUGGAUGUCGAAGUCGACAGCAGUUCAGAAUAUACAUGGUCUUCGGGGUAUUCUUCUUCUCCCUCUGGCCUAAUAGGAGGAAGGGGAGGCGGAGAGUGGGAUCAUCGCAAUCAAACGAGGAAGCUGGAGGAUACGAUCGGCGGCGAUGGAAACGACGAUACUGAUAGGCUAAUGGAUGGGAUUAGUGCGUGGUUGCGCGGUUGGAAUGAGGUCGAGGAAGGGUUCAGGAUUAGGGCUCGCUUGAGGGAGCGGAGGGUGGCUAAGAGGUUAAAUGGGAGCGGCGGUUGAUCGAAUUCCUUGAGCGUCUGUGGCAGAUGGUGCCUUUCGUUCAAGAGCAGAUAGACUGGGUGGGCCACGCCUGGGAUGCUUGUUCGGUUUGCCUGGUGGAGGACCAGGGGGCCGGAGUUAGCGAAGAGAAGAGGGGUUUUGGGUUUUGGGCUACGGUAUGCAUAGCAUGGUAUGGUGGUAUAGGGCCACCCCGUGCUCGACAGGAGUAUCUGCAAUUAUCGGCCGAGCUGAUAAUUUUUUGCAGGCUUCGAAAAAAUUCCGGUUUGCUCCAGUCGUAAGGGGGGAAUAAGAAUAAGUGAAAGGUCCGGCACCAUUCAAGAGAUGAUCAUGCCAAAAAAGAGUAUCCAGACAUGAUUCGUAGACGCUUUGUCAUUCAUAAAGGGCCCUCCCUUCCCGUUGUACAUGUAGGGGAGGCAUAAAUAUUUCUGGCAAAGCAAACGGUUGUCAUCGUUGAAGAUUGAUGAUGGCCAGCUGUGAUAGAAGCAGUUAGUAAAUAAAGGAAUCAGACGAGAAGUUGGAGCCGAAAUACAAAAAGAACAACCAAUCAUUCCAAACGUGGAGGAAAGGCUUUCGACGAAAAGCGUGACGACAAAUGACACGAGAAUGCUAAAAAAGUAACUUGCAUACCUGUUUCCCAAAUCCCAGGGCAAGUUUCUUCCCGUCACAAUCCCACGAUAACGAGCGGUAGAAUGUAGAAUCCUCCAAACCCUCCAUCUUACUACUGCUACUAUUACUAUUGUUA